AGGGCAGAGCUCAGUCGCAUUCUCCAUUCGCAAACACAGCUCGUAAUCCUGAUCUCGCCGUUUUUCUCAGUCGUUCGAUCGAGUAAAUUAACAGAGAUGGGAGGAGGAGGAGGAGGAGAACAUGGACACGGAGCCGAGGAUUUCAGGACAAAGGUGUGGAGCAUGAGUGGUGGUCCGAACUGCCGACCCAAGCACUGGCGUCGCAACACCGCCAUUGCCAUGUUUGGUGUCUUCCUAAUUUGCAUCCCUAUUGCAAUGAAAUCUGCCGAGCUCGAGCAACGGCCUCAUCAACCUGUUCGCCCAAUUCCUUCACAGCUCUGGUGCAAGAAUUUUGGAAACAAAGACUACUAGCUACUUAGCUGUCCAGGGCUGUUAGGUACCAAUAUUGGUUGAUUACAACUGAUCUCUGGAAAUGUAGGUUUGGUAUAUUUGUAUUGUUGGUUGAAGUGAAUUUGAGUCUCCUUUCAAGACAUGCUCUUGUAAUGUUUCCUAUUAUCUGAACCUAUGAUAUUAUGGUCAUAUCAUCAAUAAGUCAUUGAAGAAAAUGCUAAAACCGUUACUUUUCU